GGAACUGUUUUAUAUUUACUUAUAGAUGUGUGGGCAAAAAGAAGUUUUGCUCCUGGCGUUCAUAUGCCUGAGUUUAGGCAAACUUGUGGACUCCUCUCAACAAGUGUUGACUGACAUGUCAACCAACUUCGGAAAGGCGUUGGACGUCUGUAAGAAAGAGCUAGACCUGCCGGACUCCAUCAUCGGUGACUUCAUAAACUUCUGGAAGGAGGACUACGAGCUCACGAACCGCCACACGGGCUGCGCCAUCAUGUGCUUGUCCAAAAAGCUGGAGAUUGUGGACCCUGACCUUCAGCUGCACCAUGGGAACGCGAAGGACUUUGCUAUGAAACAUGGGGCAGAUGAGCAACUAGCCAUGGACCUGGUGACCGUGAUCCACGAGUGCGAGAAGAGCCUCCAGCCCAAUGAAGACCAAUGCAUGAAGGUGCUCGAGUGGGCCAAGUGCUUCAAGGUGGAGAUCCACAAGAAAGGCAUGGCUCCGUCCAUGGACGUCGCUGUGGGAGAGGUGCUGGCUGAAGUAUAAAGGAAUU